UACAGGCGGGGGAGGGGCCGGAAGGAACUUGGUGGUUGGCGCAUGCACACCUCGCGACACCAGCCGGCCGGACCGAGGGACCGAGUAACGGCCUGUUUGUUUCAAGCUACGUCACAGUUCCCCACCCCCACCCGCACCCCCACCCCCGCGCAGGGAGGGGUCUGGCGCCGGGCUCAGGAGGGGGUGCGAGGGGCACGGUCCGCCGGCCAGCAGGGGGCGUGAGGGGCAGCGCUCCGCCCUCCGCGCGGCUGCUGGGGAAGAGGACGGAUAGGCCGGGGCUGAGGCGCCGGCGGACGCGGGGUAUGCUAUGACUGGCUUCAGACUGCCUAUUACUGCGGUUAGAAAGCUAAAUGUCUGGCUUGCACUCUGCGAGAAAUUCCCUUCUAAUAAAUUAUGUACCUCCUGGAAGAGAUACAUCUCCUCUGGUCAACAACUGGCUACAAUAAACUACAAAAAGUAUUUCAGCAUUUCUCCUGUGAAACUUUAUGCAUUUAUAAGACCUUCUCUAGAAUGUACAUCGUUGCUUUCUGUACGAUCUAAAAGUAAUUCAAGCUCUGGGAAAAAGAAACAAACUAUGCAACAAGAGGAGGAGGAGGAUGAAGAUGAAGAGGAUGAAGAUGAAGGGAAAAGUGAUUCAGAAGAGGAAUUUGAAGAUGAUGUCACUAUAGAAAAAAAUCACAAGGACCUUGAAAAAGUAGUGUCAUGUCUUCGGUAUGAUAUUAUAAUGAAAGCUGGUCUAGACGUUGCAAGAAACAAAGUGGAAGAUGCAUUCUACAGGAAUGAACUCAGGUUGAAUGGAGAAAAAUUGUGGAAAAAAAGCAGAACUGUGAAAGCUGGUGACACACUAGAUCUCCUACUAGGUGGUUCACCUAAAGAUGGUAUCUAUAUAUGAUGGAUGAAUAAAGAACUGGAGCUUUAUCCACCAUGCCCAACUCAAUUGUCUGCUACUCAGCGGUGCCAUCCGGUCAGGAACUAUGACGAGGUGCCAAAGAUAUGACUAUGAAUCAGAGACCCUGCCCCACAAGCUUUGCACCUGCAAACCCCACACCAGAGUGUGGCAGUUCUGCCAUAGUGCCAUCCGGGACUGGCUGGUGAAGGCUAUUUCAGCUCCAGCGGGGACCAUGUCUGUCAGUUGCACCAUCCCAGGCUGCAAGAUCUAUUAUGACCAAAGAGUAUCAUGAUGGUCGAUAUUACCAUCCUGUUUGGGAACUGGCACCAAGCUUUCUUUGAAGCCUGGGAGCGGAAGCUGACAAAGUACCGGCUGCUGGCAUAUGCCCUGAGAAGCUAGGGAUACGAGGUGAUGGUUGAGGCACUGAUCAUCAGGGUGCUGAGAGCAUGGGACUGCAGCAACAAGAGCAUCCUGCACACCUGAAUAUCCUACCGCUACACCAAACUGAUGAGGUGCCUAAUGGCAGGGCCUGUCACAGGGGGGCUAGGAAGGCCAUUUGGCCCGGGCCUCUCAUUCACGGAGGGCCUCAAAUUUAGACUUUUGAUGUUAUCUCCAAGUGAGGUCAUACAUACAGACAGAGAGAUCCACUGACAGGAUUGAAAGAAGAAGAAAAAAGCUAGAAAAGCACUUGUUAAAUAAAAAAGGAACAUUUAUUACAAAUUAAUGCAUUGUAUUUUGAGCCUCAAAAAAUGGAAGUGGCCCAGGCCUCUCUUGACCUCUGAGAGGGCCUGCCUAAUGGUGUCUGACACCAUCAGAUGGUCCAGAGACAUGUACAUCCAGCAUGUCACGGGCGAGCACCAGUAUGUGUACCCCAACAGACCACUGGCCAGAAGCAACACAGAGGGGAGUGCCUGACUGCCGCUUCCAGUGGAUCAUGGCUGAGAACUCUUAUACCUGGACUUUCCUCAUCCCUGCAGAUGUACCCCACAUGCUGUUAUUUGUAUCUGUGUAUAUCCCUUAGAACCCACCACUCUAAUGAUGCAGUUUCCUUGCACCAGGCAUUUUGUAUCUUUUCUUCUUGUUGCUCCCCUAUCCCUCACUCACUCCUGGGCUACUAUGCAAGUUAGUUGCAUCCUCCCCCAACCCAUCUAUUGUACCCUGUACUAUGUAACCACCCUUGUUUAGAUCUCGGUAUCUCCUUCUAUCAUUUCAAUUUUGUACCUUCCCUUUUAACAUUCACUAAUAAACUUAAAUCUACCCAACAACCCCAAAACCUGUCACUGGAGCCUGGGUGUGGGACUCCCCCAAACAUGAAGGCGAAUGGAAGAGGCUUCUUAGUGAAGGGCCUGGUGAAGAAUGGACACUUGAAACAAGGAAAGCAGGUUCUGGAGAGAGAUAACUACUUAGUCAAGAUUAUGUAAGACCUGCUCUGAAAAAUGUGCAUUACCUGUUUUGCAGGCCAGGUGGGGCAGAAUUUGAAUUGGGCUUCAGAUAUCCCAAGGUGAGAUCAGAUUUCUGGCAACAGGUGGAGGUGGCCAGAGGAAAUCCCCAGCUGAAGGCAAUUGUUUUUGUAGGGGGAGGUAUGAGAAGAGAGGCUGAUUACAAUCCAAAUGUAUUCAGCCCAAAUAAAGGAAGAGGAUGUGAGUUUUUGGCUCAGAAUACGCUGUGAGAAAAUAAAGUGGAGAAAGCCCUAGACAAGUCUGGGAUAUGGACUGGAGCCUGGAAAACCAAGGUAAUGCUGAAAAGCGGGCCUGGGAAUCCAGGCAGGGUGCAGCAUCUCCCCCCAGCAAUCUCCCUGGGACCCCACAGGGGCUUCUACCAGGGGCAGUCCAAACUCUGCCAUAAAUGUGGGGAGCAGGGACAUGUGGUGGCACAAUGCACAACUAAAAUUUGUGUUGUACAAGAAGAAAGGACAUGAAGCCAAGGACUGUGAGCAGAACUGGCACUGCAUUCUGUAUGGGGAUGAGGGGCAUAUUUUUAGAGACUGCUCUCAGCCCUAAGCAAACAGGGAAAAACAAGGGACUGCAGGAACUCCAUGGCCCAGCCUCCCCAGGCAGCAACAGAGAAUGGGGAGUUAGUGGAAAUGGAGGAGAAUAGAGCAGGGGAGGGAUACCAAGAAAAAGAGGGAAAGGAGCUAAAGCUGAGCUGCCCCACCCCCAGUUUAUGAAUGCUCCCUCAAGAAGCUAAACAAAGACACUGAAUAGUUGUGAAGGGAACAGAUGGAGGAGGUGAACCUAGGCACCCCAGAAAGGAGCCUGGAAAAAACUCAAGCUGGAGGGGAAUCCAGCUCAGAAAUAGAUUUCCAAGGAAAACGAGAACCCCUCUGGGAGCCCAGAGACAGAUCAAGAUGGCUGGACACAGCAGCAGAAGCACAGGAGGAAGACCCAGGUGUCCCCUAAAACCACAGAGAAAAAAGAUCUGGCCCACCAGGUGGCCCUGCAAGGCAAGAAAAAGCCUGAACCUGAACAAAGACGCUAAACACAUGAAGAAAUGAAAAAAUAAUGGCUUUCACUGCCCCCUCUCACUGCUUUCAUUGUGGGGAUACUAACUGUCUAACUAAAUGCAAGAAGCCUGCUAAAGAAAAAAAAAAGGGACACAAUAGAACAGAGCCUAGGGCAACUACAAGUCCACAUUAUGUGGCACCAGGAAUGUGAUUUGCCCAGCUCUAAAAACUGCUUUGUUGAAAAGACACUGGCGGCAUGGUUUCUCCAUGUGGGGCAGAUCAAUGACAAUAGAGCAGCACGUGUUGCAGUUCUCCUGAAAUGAGACAGAGUGCACUACCUACAGCACAGAAAUUAUUGCAGGCAGGCUUCUGUAAGCCACCCUUGAAACAGAGGGAAGGAAAUCAGCCCUCCUAAAUGUUUAUGCAGCAGCUAAAAGGGAAGCAAGGUAUACCUUCCUAGAAAAUGUGAGUUUGGCAAUGCUCAGUACCUGGCCAGUGAUGACCACAGGAGACUUCCAACUGCAUCAUCAACGCGGGUGACAGAAUAGGCAGAGGCCAAACAGGCCUGGGCAGAUCCUCCAGGCUGCAAAACAACUGAUCUUUGAUCACAGGCUGGUGGAUGCAGGCAAACGAGCCCAAGGACCUGGGGGGUGACUUCACUCAGGUGGAUCCCAUAGGACAAAUAAAGUCAUGCAUAGACUUCAUCUUCCUCCCUGAAGCACAGUCAGUAGCGAAAGCCAAAUCCACAUGUUUCUUGGACCACUGCCUCCUGGCAGUGAAGGCAGAGAUGGGGUGCACCCUGAAAGACGCAGGGACAUAUGGAACUUGAAUGUGAGCCUCCUGGAUGUUGAAAAAAACUCAGCAGGAUUUCAGGCAGCGCUACACAGGGUGGAGAACCCUCAGAGCCUGGUACCAGAACCACAUGGAGUGGUGAGCCAGCAUAAAAGAAAAAAGAUUUCUUCCAGCAAGCUGGCAGGAGCCAAGGCUGGGUCCAGAGGAUGCAACACAAACACUUAAAUGACAAGUUGCAGAGCAUGCAUAAGCAGGCAACUUGGGUUUGGGAUGUGAGGGAGGCCAUGUGGGAGGUGAGAGCUCAGAUUGGGGCCUGGUACAGGGAACAGGCCAUGAAGAUCUUCCUGGCUUGGGCUCCCUGGGUAGGAGGUGAGGAGGGGGAGGAGUGCUUGCUUUGGCAGGUUAAAGACGACCAGGAAGGCCAUGACCAGCUUGGUGGAUAGAGCCACAAGUCAAAUGAAGGGAUGCUGGAGGCAGCAGCAGCCUUUUACUGAGAGCUAUACAUGGCACACCCGGGGGAGCCCCGCUGCAACUGCAAGAUGCGUUGUGGUACCAAUUGGAGAGGGGGUUGGAUGUUGCCAUGCUAAGCCUCAGCCCAGAAAAGGCAUUCAGUGUCCCACUGAUUUCUGUUAAAAACACUGAAGAUGGGGGUCCCCCCAACCUUUGUUGCAUGGAUAAAAGCACUGAACAUGAACAUGAGCAGCAGGGUGCUGGUGAACAGGUUUCCAAACUGCCCCAAUCAUGGUGGAGUUGGGCAUCUGGCAGGGAUGCCUGGUCUUUCUGAUCCUCUUCAUCUGCAUGAUGGAACCAUGGCCGAAUGGCUCAGGCAAGACCCUGGGAUCCACAGAGUGGAGAUCCCUGGGGGCAGUGGGGCAGAGACAAGAGUCCUGGCUUACAUGGACAACCUCAACAUCCUGUGCAGGGACAAGUGGCCAGUGGAAAAGGUGCUGCAACAUGCCCAGGUGUAUGGAGCAGUGGCAGGAGCCAAGCUCAACCUGAGCAAAAGCACCUGGACAUAAGGAUAAACUUUAGUGUCCGAGGCUCCAGAGUCUGGAAUAGACUCCCCCCAGAAGUGGUGCAAGCACCUACUCUGGAUACCUUUAAGAAAUGCUUGGAUGCCUAUCUUGCUGGGGUGAUCUGACCACAGCUGAUUUCCUUCCCCUUGGGCAGGCGGCUGGACCUGAUGAUCUUGCAAGGUCCCUUCCAGCCCUAAUGUCUAUGAAAUUUAUGAAAGCUUUGAACAUGCAUAAGUUCUGGAUAAACUAAGUGCAUGGGUACUAUAUGCACAUUUCUACAGCAUUUUUAAUUUCAAGGUUCUUGUUUUCAAAUUUGCUCCUCAUGUCCAUGUGCUCGGGGGGAACAGGGUCUGACAGUAAGGAGAGGGGAAGAGGCUGCCAGGGGAAAAUUUGGGGGCAAGCAGAGAGCUAAGGGGCUACCUGACCCCCCACAUAUAUUUUCCCUGCUGUAGCAGUG